AUGCGCCUGUUGGAUCUCCCGCCUGAGCUUUGCGAUGAAAUAUUCCGCCAGACAGUCCUUAUCUGGGGCCUAGGAGCGUACACAGCGAGAUUUGUAUGCAAAACCUUCGAUUAUGGAAUUACUCAGGCCUAUAUGAACGUGGGAGUAAUGAGAAUUCUGCUUAAAACGAUGUGUUAUCGGCUCCCUCGACACCUGCUUUACAAUUAUAUAAAGCUCAGAAUUCUUCGCGAUGAAGAUAAUUCGACAUAUUUACUCCACACUAUCAGGGAGACACUUAAUGCCUUGCUCCAGGCAGAAAACACAACUUCCCAGGAGGUUAAGGCUGAAAAGGCCCUGGUCCUGGCCAGAGCAGCAUAUUCUUCUGUUAGAACCUAUAUUAUCGUUGAGUCACUUGAAGGAAAGUGUAUAUGGGAAAAGGGAUACCGCCGUAAAACGCAAACUCCUAAGUCACCUAUCCACGUUCUAUCCGCGGCGGUUCAUGAUGGCAACUUCCAGGUGGUGACUGAGCUAUUGAAACGAGGUGUCUCGUGCAAUCAAUCUAGCCAGGUAUUCGGACCUCCACUUUGCAUCGCAGCAUAUAAAGGAAACAAGGAAAUGGUCAAACUUCUACUCAAGUUUCGUGCCGAUCCAGCUUACUUCUAUCGACUUCAUGAACGAUCUCAUCCUCGAACUCCUCUCCAAGCAGCUGCUUAUGCCGGUCAUGACGAGAUCGUAGACCUCCUUCUUCAGCCAAAGCUCGGUGUACCCAAGUUCGGCAACAGAUUCUAUAGAGCCCUGGUGUUUGCUGCCAGAGGGGGCAAUUUCAACACUUUUAAACAGCUUGUGGAUGCUGCAGCUCCGCAGAAUAAUCCUUUAUUUCAAUGGGCAGAUUGCCUCAUGGCCGCCUGUUAUUCUGGUUCGGUGUAUCUUGUACGCUUUAUAUUAUAUAAAGGCGGGGAUGUGGGAUGCAUGAGACGAUCUGACACACCGCUAAUACUCGUCGCCAGGAAAGGGUACCAUGAAAUAGCUCGCGCGCUUCUGGAAGCUGGAGCUGAUCCAGAUUAUGAUUCAUACUGUCAUUCAGCUCUGACUAUAGCGUCGAGGUAUGGUCGGCUGGAGAUGGUACGCCUGCUCUUACAGUUUGGAGCAUGCUCUAAUGCAAGAUUUGGGGCAGUCCCAAAUGCGGCAGCAGCGGGCAAUAAAGAUAUCAUUCAAUUGCUACUUGAUCACGGAGCUCAGGUUUCUGGGGCGGAACCCAACAAAUGGGGCGAUACUGGACAGUAUAUGGGCCAAUGGGCUUAUAGACAGGCAAUCGAUCAUGGCCACGAUUCACUGGCUUCCUGGUUAUUGACCCUUGGAGUUGAUAUGGAUAAUCAUAUUGAUACUAUAUAUGAAUGGAGUUGUGACGAAUCCCCAAUUAUAACCAGUGACGAGGAUGAACUGCUAGAAGAAGAAGAAGAGGAAGGUGAAGGUAAUGAAAACGAAGAAGACAAGAAUGGAGAUAGCUGA